AUGCGACAAAAACUGCACAUUCUCGUGCUGCUGUCAACGAUCCUCGCGGGAUUCGUGCUGCCCGAUGAGCUCACUCAAAUUCUCAAGUCGAAGCUUCCCAACGAGGACACUGCGCCAGAUUCCGAAACCGAAUGGCGAUUGAACGCCGUUCGAAAACUCUGGCGUGAGCGAAAAGAGAUGGGCCAUACACCGCUGACGAAAUUCCAACCGAAAGGCUUCCCCAACGCUGAUAUCUUUUUCAAAAACGAGACGGCCACCAAGACCAGGACCCUCAAGCACCGAUUCGUUUGGGCGCUUCUUCUAUGGGCAAUCACUGACGGCAAGGUGACGUCAAAAACCAGCGCGGUUUAUGAUUCGACGUCGGGAAACACCGGAUCAGCCGAGGCGUACAUGUGCACAUUGGUCGGCGUGCCAUACAUCGCUGUGAUCGCUGACAACCUCGAAGAGGAGAAAGUGCGCGCCAUCGAGAGCUUCGGCGGAAAAACUCUCAAGGUGCCAGUGUCGUUGCGAAACGCUCGCGCCAAAGAGGAAGCUGAGAAGAAUGGCGGAUUCUACAUGAAUCAGUUCGGCAACGCGAAGAACGCCGAGGAGUUUCACGAGAGCGGCAACUUCUACUACGAGAGCUCCAAUGUCUAUCAUGAGAUUCUUGUGCAGCUCAAAGCCGACAAAUCGCAAGCGGUCAAGGUCCCCGACUACUUUGUCCAUUCGGCGGGCACUGGAGGGACAAUUUCAUCGGUCGGACGAUAUAUCGCUAGAUACGGAGCGCCGACGAGAGUGGUUUUGGCCGAUUCGCAAUACUCAUUGUUCUACGAUUACGUCAUCAACAACAAAUUCACUAAUCAAUCUGGUGCCGGAAUCUGGACGGGACCAGGAAUCGCGGGUAUCGGUUACGGCUAUGACAUCGAACCGGUGUGGUACGGCGAGACGACGAGUCUAACUCGUAACGUCAUCCACGAGGCCAUGAAAAUGCCGGAUAUCGCGACCGUCGCCGCAAUUCGUGUUCUCAACGAGCUCGGCUACAACGCGGGGCCAUCGACAGCUCUAAACUUCCUCGUUUCACUCUACAAAGCGUUCCAGCACAAAGGAAAAGGACCAACUCAUCGUCUGACAAUAGCGACAAUGGCCAACGAUCCAGGAGAUUUCUACAGAAGCACCUACUUCAACAAUGAUUGGGUUGACUCGAAAUUCGAGAAGUUCGGAGGAACAAAAGGGAUGGAAUGCUGGAAGAAGAUCAUCGAAGAAUCGAUUGAGACCGGCUCGGACUUCUACGCGAAAGGUCUCGAAAUGUGCCCCGGAGAUUUUGUGAAACGUUUCUAG